CAAAACUCUGUAUGUUUUGCGCUGUCGUAAAAUAACCCUCUAACAGUUGUCUUGGAGUUAAAGAGAGACCAAACCGUUUAAUCAGCCAAUACGGCUAUCAUGCUAAUGGUAACGGAAUUGCUUUGUCAGAAAAUAAACACGCAACACGCGACUUCUUUAUCUGGUGUCUAUUUAUAGCAUGCAAGCUGAAGAAUCAUCCGCAUCAUGUCCUAGUUUAGCGUUGACGUCACUUCCGUAAACAACAAUUCAUCAACAAUCUUCAGCGUUCUUUUGGUUCAAGAAUAUUCCUGUAUUUUCUCCACACUGUGUGCCUAUGUUUCUGUAAGUGAAGACUGACAUUCCAUGCAGUUGAUUUCAGGGAGGAGAGACAGUCAGGUGGUAUUGCGGAGAAAAAGAAUGAAACUCCCUCACACAAGCAAAAAGCAAAAUUUUAUCUAAACCCUUUAAGUCUGAACGCUUAAAAUUAUUUUUUUUAAUUGUCAGAGGGCAAAGUCUUCAGUCUAACUUCAUAUAUGUGCGGGUGAUCAAUUACUCAAGAAAAACAUAAGAAGCCAUUCUGCUUGCUGAGGUUUUUAUUUGAUUAUUUGACAUCAAAUGCCAUGUCAACCCCUGACAAAAACAAAAAGCUGUCUGAUGAACAAGAGGGAGAGGACAAUGGACAACAGGCCUCCCCGAGACGAGCUGGCAUACCAGAUGAGCUUCUUAAUAUGGUCGGAGCCUCUCCCCCAAAGUUUGUGAACUUUGAUCAACUCAUGCAGGCAGCUGAUGGAAUGAAGAAUAUGUCUCUAGCCCAUGAGAUUGCUGUCAACAAUGAUUUUGAGUUGGAGCAACAGAUUGCUCCACCAAAUAGUCUGGAAAAACAAGUACGGGACACUGUUCAGAGAGCAUUCUGGGAUGCAUUUGAAGACAAACUGAGCAGAGACCCACCUGACCUCAGCAUGGCUUACGGCAUGUUGGAGGAACUAAAAGAGAGCUUGAUCGCUAUUCUGCUUCCUCAACACCAACGUUUGAAGGAUCAGAUCAAUGAAGUGCUUGACCUCUCUCUUAUUAAACAACAGAUGGAAAACGAGGCAUUUGACUUUGACUUCUAUGGCAGGUAUGUGACAGACACCAUGGCAAAGCUUUGCGCCCCAGCCAGAGAUGAAAAAAUUGCGGAAAUCAAGGGCAUGAAGGAGGUCACACCAAAAUUCAGGGCAAUUUUGGAAAUGCUGGAGCUAAUGCGAAAAGACAUGGCCAACUUUACUAUCAGGCAGAUCCGUCCAUACAUCCAGCAAAACUCUAUUGAGUAUGAAAGAAAGAAAUUCUCUGACUAUUUUGAUGCUCAGAAAGCUCUUGGAAUCAAUGCCCUGCAAUACACUGAAGUGUGGCUACAAAGGAAUUACCAGAAAAUGCUGCAGAAUGCUUCUGACCCGCAAAUGUCCAGUGGAAGCCAAGAUAACCCCAUGCCAACUCCAGCCAAUGUAUUGACACAGGCCUAUGUGGAGAUUUUGAAUUGGUCAGACCCUAUGAACUUCCCUGAGACGUUGAUGAUGGACCAGUUUCGUUUCAUGGGUAUGAGGGACAAGCUACAGAUGCUGGGCCUGAUCUCAUCCGUACAGCUGAUUACGUAUAGCGUAGUGGGACCUUCCGUGGAGGGAGUGGAGCAGCUGAAGAAACAACUGAAGGAGCAUGUUGAGAUUUUGCUCACGGACAGAGGAGAAAAGGGCAUCGGUGAUAUCUUGGACUCUGUGUCAGAGCAGGUGGUCAAAGAUGUUGGCGAGAGUCUGGCCAGUCGCCAGCUGCCCCCGCUGAGCGAGGACAAGAAGGAAGGGCUUAAAGGCCAGAUUGCCAAUUUGGGCUCCAGGGAGAACAAAGUGCGACAGAUCAUGAUGAAUCGUCUCUUGGAGUUCAUACAAGAAGGCAUAUCUGGCAAAAGUUUGAAUAAUCUACGAGUGCCAAAGGGUUGCACAGCGGUACAGCAAGAGCUGGCACAGGUUCUGGGGAACUUCCUGCGUCUGACCUCACACAAUAGGUCCGUGUUUGGUGCUCAGUACACUCAAAUCAUUGAGCUGUCAGUGAACCGCAGCAGUGAUGUGGCUGAGGCAUCAGGAGGUCAAAGCUGCUGAGGGCUAGAGGUGGAAAACGGAAUUGUAUUCUCUUCCAUCAGGUCUGAGUCUUUGCGAUAGAUGGUUUAUUCAGAAAUGCCAUCCCUUCCAAAGACCAUACUUCUCUUACCGCAAUGCUGGCUAUUAUUUUAACAAACAAAAAUAAGAUUUCUGUUUGUGAAAAAAUUGGUUGUGGCAGCUUUCUGCCCGAUGUCUAGUGGCAAAAUGUGUACCGUGAAAGGCAGCUGUUUGUAUUUGUGAGAAUGCAGUUUGUGGAGAGUGCCCAGCAAAAGACAGAGAUUCUGUUAUACGUACUGGUCAAAUAAACUGUAACUGCAGCAGAAAUCCGAAUGUCAUGGUUUUUUGUAAUAUUAGAGAUGGUUAACUUGCCAAGAGGAUAGAGAAUGAUGUUACUGCUACCACUUGUGAUAAGCAUAAUUUUUAGUGAGCGGAGGGCGAGAGGUAACUAUAUGUCCACAUUCCUUAUUUUGAGAAAAAUGGAUUUUUAAGGCCAGGUGUAUAUGGCUACUUCUGGACGUAGAUAUCCGCUAUGUCGUGAAUUGUAAUCAUGGCAAAACUACUGGGGGUAUUGGUUCAGUAUUUACAGAAAUGAUGCAGUAUCAUUUGAAGGCUUCCAUUAUGCUAUUCCUGGCAUUUCAGCCAAAACGGACAUGGUCGCUUCUGGCUCUCAGCCCACACUUUGUUUAUUUGAUCAUGGUGAAAAUGUUUCUAUAUAAGGUCCAAGACCUGUCUCAUUAUUACUGAAGUCCUCUGUGAAAUAGAGGCAAGUGAGUCACGGGCUGAGCUGUAAAGGAGUUAAAAUUAGAAAAACAACUAGUCCAUUGAAUAUUUUUAAAUUGUGAUGUGGCUAUUUACUUUUACAUGACACUUACAUGCAAGUCCGGUACCAUACUUGUAGUGUGUCAGUGUCAAAGGAAUAAUGUUGUCAAUGUUUCUUAGAAAUUGUGAGUGGAAUGUGCUUGAUGUAGAUCUUAUGUGUUUACUAAUUGUGGGGCUUUGACUGGGUUGUCCAUAUUAGAUAGGAAAGGAAAAGAAAGACAAGAAGAUUAUGUGCAAGUGAUGAAGAAGGGGUACACUAAAAGAGAAAAUCAUUGUGUGGAGAGAGAGAGAGAGAGAGAGAGAGAGAGAGAGAGAGGUUUACAAAAGAGAAGUAUUCGUUUGUGAAGAUGAACUUUUUUUUCAUUGGCUUCAAAUUGUUGAGACUUGUUUGAGUUCAAAGCCUUAACCUUCUUGGUGAGUAAAACUAAUCUCGUCAUGAAGUAUUUUCCCUGAUUUCUCUGGGGAAAGAGAUGAUAUUCAAGGGGCAAAAGAUAAUUUGCUGUAUGGAGCCAAGUUUCCAUGUCCUGUUAAAAUAGACACAUCUCUGGGACAUGGUUGUUUUAAAGGUCGAUCUUAUUCCUGAAACCCUAUAUAGGUGCCAUAUGCCAUGUAUUUUGAGAGCACUUUGUGGCUCUUGCCAUUCAUGUUGAACGCAGUUAUGGUGCAUGAUUGUUCUUUCUACAUGUAGUGAAAGAGGAGAGUGAAAUGACCUGGCUCAUUGUUAUUGCCCUCCGAAAACAACUGUCAGUAAUAUGGUAAAACAUGCGCUGGACUAUGGUGAAGAUAGCCCUGAUUUGAAUCCCCAUGAGGGUGAUUUUAUUAUUUGUAAGCAGGUGUGGGGAGUGUGCCAGGUUCCCUAACCUGUCAGCUCAGCCCCACUUGGGAGAUGGGUGUUAAGUUCAGAGGUCCUGCCUCUUGUAAACUCACAUUUUUAUAGGGGUGCUACAACCAUACCAUAUCAUUCUACCUUGAUAGUAAUGUGGGCAUUCACUUACUUAUACUAUAUCUUGUUUUAUGAAGUUACUUGUGUACCGGGUACCAUAAAACUUCUUUGGGGAAUGCUUUUUUGGCAAUCCUUUUUGAUGCAAACUUGGAAGAGCGAUUACAAAGGAAAGCAGUUUUAGAACUUUCUAAAAAAAACAUUUCCGUCCUUGUUUCACUCUUGUAUGAGUUGAUUUUUGGCCUGGUGUCUAUAAACAUAACCUGGUGUGUUCUUUGAGCACAGAUAUGGUGAGACUUAAUGCUAUGUUGUUAUUGCCGGGGGAGGUGAUUUUUUUAAUCCUUUUUAAAAGUAUAAAAUCAUCUCAUCUUUUCUAAUAUAAUUUGUUGGCAUUGCCUGCCUAAUAGUAGUGGCAUGUAACAUGCUGUCUCCAACCUUAGAAUUUUCUUUUUUUUUCUUUUUGCCACACAUGACUGAUUGCACCUCAGUUGUAUUCCUGUGUGUUGUUCUUUUCUGCUUUUAUACACAUGGACCUCCUUUUACUCUUUAGCAGUUUAAAAAACUUGGUUUGUUUUAUGUUUUAGGUUAUUGGCUCUGAGUCCACUGAGAAAUAUGCUACUGUUUAGACAAUCAGCUGAUGGUGUAUGUCAAUAGUCAAUGUGAGGAAUCUGCCAGAAAAGCCUGUCCGGUCAAAAAAUGGGAAUUAUGAGGAAAUCAAUUUUUAAAAAGCUUGUAAUGCAUAGCGCCGUUUCUAUUAAACUGUUAGUUUAUGUUUAAUUUCCUUCACACUGAAAGUCUAGAACCCAGGUGGUCUCUGGAUCGGAAAAGUAAAGUAAAGUAUAUUUAAUUUCCCAUGCAGCUAAGAACAUUACUAAACCAACAGUUGAACGGAAGUUUUGAAUCUACAAGCUUUUAAAACUCAUGUACUCGUGAUAUCCAUUUUGUGAUUUCACCUCGUUUUUCUUCCAUAGUAUAGUUAUGUGUGUAACUACUAACAUCAGGGAGAACAGAUGUCGUUUUAAUUUCUCAUGUGUUUGGAAAUGGUAUUGGCAAACCUUGAAUGUGUGUUGUGAUUGCUAAAGGUCAGUGUUAACUUUUUAUAUGAAGAAAUGUAGCGUGCUGUGUGAGAAUGUGUGGUAAAGUUGGUGCUUUACUUUUACUUUAUCGUAUGUAGUGUGUAUUAAACAUACAUGACCUGUUUUCUAUGAUUAGAUGUUUAACAUGUCGCAGAUGUUUGCUGUCCGCUAGAACCCAAAAUUGUGAUUUGUGGUCUUGAGUUUGAAGCAAUGUGACUUGAGACCUCUUGCUUGACCUUAUUUAUUUCUAUGGAAGAGCAAAGUUCAGCUCAAAUUCAGUUACGCCGCUUAGAAAAAAAAAAUUUCACAUCUGUCUUGAAAGAUGGUAGUGACAUUUUCCAAACUUAUGUUUUAAUGGUAACGCUCACUAACUAUGUAAGUCUGAAAUUAAGUCAAGUUUUAUUUUUGUCCAAAAAAUGGUUUGGAAAUUAUAUUGCAUCAGUGCAAAUUUACAGAGUGAAAAUGAUUAAAUAUUACAUUGGCAUGAAAUGUGUUCAUCCAUAUUCUAUGGCGCACUUGAUAAUCACACACUGUUUUCCUUAAAAGUAUGUCAUGUUAAAAUUUUAGAUUUACAUGGACUGUGACUAUACUGUUACAGUUGAUGUUGAUUUUCUCAAAACAGAGCUAUAAUACCUUCUUUUUUCCCCCACCAUUCUGCUCCAUAUUUUUGUGAGUUCUGUGAGCUAGGCUGGUAAAGAAAACAGUUUUCAGAAAUAAAUAUAUGUAAAAAUAAAAAUAGCGACAUAUUAGGCAUCUAGGAUGUCAUAUUGUUCUUUCAUUUUAGAUGAGGCUUUUCAUGUUUUGCAUUUCAAAAAUAGCAUUACAAUUCAUACGUUUUAAAAAAUUGAAAUAAACUUCCUUUACACAGUGAAA